AUGCCACCCUGCGCGCCCCGCCCCGCCGGGCGCUUCCGGGGCAGGCGGGAGAGGGGACGAUGCUUAUGCGGCGGGCGGCGGUGCAGGCGGGGGUUUUGCUGCUGCGAGCGGAUCCUGGUUCCUCAGGGCAGCUCUGAGGGCAUCCGGGAGGUGUCCGCCCCGUUCCCGUGCCCCGCGGGCGCUGGGCCGCUCCCUCAUCUCCUCUUUCCUGCAGGCAGAGCCUCUCUGAGCCGCACCGAGCUGAGGGCCCGCGAUGGACGCAGCGGGGAGGAAGAGGAGAUGUCCUUCCAACUGUACCCCGGGCACAUCCCCACCAGCCCGCUGCAGAAGGCGCUGCUGGCCGCCGGCUCGGCAGUCAUGGCUCUUUAUGACCCCUAUAGACACGACAUGGUGGCAGUCCUUGGGGAGACCACAGGCUGCCUUGCCCUGCCCAGCCUGCGAGACAAGAUGAAACACCACCCAGAAGGCUACCGCAUCCUCCAGGAACGGCCUCGCAUCCGUCUCUCUACCCUGGACAUGGCCAGGCUGCAGGGACUGCCGGACGGCUCCCUGGGACGAGAGUACGUCCGAUUUUUGGAGCACAAUAAGGUUUCUCCGGACACCCGGAUACCGCCUAAGUUUGUUGACGAUGAAGAGCUGGCGUAUGUGAUCCAGCGAUACCGCGAAGUCCACGACUUGAUGCAUACCCUGCUGGGCAUGCCAACCAAUAUGCUAGGUGAGGUUGUGGUGAAGUGGUUUGAAGCUGUCCAGACAGGGCUACCCAUGUGUGUCCUGGGAGCAGCAUUUGGCCCUGUCCGUCUCAGUGCACGAAAGCUGCAGGUCCUGGCCACCCAACUUGUUCCCUGGGCAAUUCAGAAUGGGCGCAAUGCCAGCUGCAUCCUGAAUGUCUACUAUGAGCAGCGCUGGGAACAGCCAGUGAAGUCCCUGCGGGAGGAGAUCGGCAUCUUGCCUCCCCCAGACGUUCGAGUGUGAGAGCUCAAACAUAGGGAGGGGACAGGGGAUCCCUCUUGGCAGACAGCAGCUGUCCCCUGGCACACGUCAUCUCCUCCUGCCUGGCAGUGCAGCAUUGUUCAGCUACCAGCUGCCACAGACCCGAGGACUGAGUGUUCUUCUGCCAUGAGCUGACACCUUCUUGGUGGUAGAGGCUAAGUGGCACCUCCCUGUGCCAUGACAAAACUUGACCAGUUUUGCUGCUUCUAAUUCAGUAGAAGGAUGACAAGUCUCAGUGUGCCUUUGCCAGCCAGGUCUAUCUGCUUAGUUCCCCCUGACAGCAGGGCUUCCACACUGAUGCUCUGAAAUGUUGGGAUGGGGAGAGAGCAGAGUUGGUUUACAACUCACAGUGGCAAACUUCUGCAGUUCUAGGGCUGUGUAGGUAAAUUCCCCCCCCCAAGCCUCCCCAGUAAGAUCAAGAAUUAAAGCCUGGAGGCUGCCCUGGACUGGAGCUAAACACAUGUUUUACAGAGCAGCCCAGGAGAAGGUUCAGUGUGUGCAGCAGUGAAAUCCCAUCUUGUACUGGUGCCUGACUGAUCUUGUGGUGGAUGUGCCUCACACCUUUGAGACCAGGUAGUGUGCAAUUGCAUGCUCGUGGAAGCAGGCAGGGAAAAUCCUUUGGGUAUUAUCCCUGCUGGACUGGCUGUUUGAGAACUAUUCCCAGUCUGCUGUCUCUCCCUGUAGUCCCUCCCCAUGAAAACUGCUCAAAUCUGUAUGAUUGUGUUGGAUUUUCAGUAAGAACUGUCCCCUCCUUGGGCAGCAAAGCUACCGAAUCAGGAAUAAGGGGCUGAAUCCUGUGAACACAGGAAGGGUGUCUGCUUGCACUGUGUCUUGGAGCUAAUUGCUGUCUUGAGUUAAUUACAUAAGGCUCUGGACUGCCAGUAGCUGCCAAAUGCAAGGACAGAGAGCCAUAGGUUCUGUGCAUGUGGGUUGACUGUUGAAAUUCCUUCUUGUUUAUUAAAAGUGGAGCUCAUGGCUUGUUACCUUUCUCAUUGAGCCCCAUCUCCCCUUCCAAGUGGGAUAUGAAACUUUACCCUUACUUUUAAGAGCAGACGGAAGGACAGGAUUGCUUCCUGCACCCUCCCCCUCCUCAUUUUCAGCUUUCCCCUCCAUCCCCCCUGCAACCUACCAAACUCCAGGUUUCUCUCCCAAACGGAGCUUGUGUAUGUCUGUGGCCUCUGGAGUUAUUUCAGUCAGAUAAUAAA